AUGUUUAGAGACUCCCUAAUCGCAGUGCUGGGCGCACGAUUCCUAGUUCUCGCAAUCCGAAGCAUCACCCCGCUCUGUAUCCUCUACUGCUGCCUGAUAUGGAUGCGUUACUCCCCUAUCAAGCACUGGUUCCCCUUUAUCCUCGGUAUCUAUGCAUCUUUGGAAACUGCGUUCUUUUUCUUGGUCUACGUUCCUCGAUAUCUAUAUCUCCAACAAACAACGACACAGGCGCCGCCAUCAGGAAGGUUACAGGAGCGACAGGCAUUAUUCCAGAAAUGCAUCGAUACCAUACCCGAUCCAGAGAGAUUUAUCUCGUUGUGGAACCGAGGUACGCCGGUAGAAAAGAUCCAUCGAGAGAACCUGAAAGAGUGGGUUUGCUGGGCAUUUCUGAACAAGGGUUCUUGGACGGUCGCGGAAGAUGAUGAGCUUGAGGAAUAUGUUUGCCGUCUGGAGAAUCUGCUUGGUUAUCGACUUCCUGAAGGCAAAGGAUCAUCAAAAUCAAUGAGGGUGUUUCUCGAUUGGGUGAAUAUGUUGCACAGACCUUUGAUCUACUAUGUGGGUGGAGUCGGACUGUUGGAUAUAACCACAUACUUCAGAAUGAGAUACCAAGGAUAUCGGCAUUAUACAGUAUCGUCAUGGUUCCUCAGCUUCCCCUUUCGACCCCAGACCACCCUCAGCAAGCACCGUUCUCCAUCAAAGCACUUCUCCUAUUGGUAUCGACCACAUACAUCACCAGAUACCCUACCAAUUCUCUUCAUUCACGGCAUGGGCAUCUUAUUUUCCUACCAGUCCUUCUUCAACGACUUCUCCAAAUUCACCAAAGAACCCAAUAACGACGGCAUCGGCCUCAUCGCCAUCGAAACCCUACCAAUCAGCUUCCGAAUGUCCCAUCCCGCACUUCUACACGAAGACAUAUGCACGGAGAUUCUCUCGAUACUCGACCACCAUGGCUGGAACAAAUUUGUCCUCACAAGUGCCUCGUACGGCACUGCGAUUUCGUCGCAGCUGCUUCGCGAUAACCGUAUCGCUCCACGCAUCGGGCCCAUGAUCUUGGUAGAUCCAAUUCCAUUCCUCCUCCAUCUCCCCGAUACAACGUACAACUUUACGCGUCGGAAGCCAAGAAGUGUUACCGAGAUCUUUCUGCAUUACUUUGCAUCUACGGAUAUGGGUGCUGCCCAUACGCUCUGCCGUCGGUUCUUCUGGAAUGAAUGUAUUCUGUGGAAAGAAGAUCUUAUGAAUUGCGGACGGCGGACUACCGUUGUCUUCAGCGAGAGAGAUAUGGUUAUUGAUGCUCAUGCUAUUGGAGAGUAUUUGACACGAAAUAGCAACCUCACCGCUAUUGAAGAUCGUGGGCGAGAGGAUGGGGAGUGGAAGAGUAGAUGGUGGACUGGUGGGGAAUUGGAUAUCCUCUGGUUUGAAGGUAUUGACCAUGGGGAGAUUUUGAAUGCCCCGAUCGACCGCAAGAUUUUGAUUGAAGUAGUAUUGAACUACUGCCGUGGUGAAAGCACGCCGGUCACGAGAAGAGAUGCUGUCGAGUAA